AAUUUCCUGAUUUCUUUUCUUCGUUUCCUUCUCCUCCUCUCUCUCUUUCUCUCACCUUCACUCACGAAACUCCAACCCUCUCAUUCCCUCAGAAACUCACUUGCAGACAAAACCCUAGCAAUUUCCAGCCCCACCUCGCCGGCGAUUGAACCGGAUUGUACAUGGCAUGCGAAUCGCUGAGUCGAACCGGCGAAAAGAGGAUCUGAAAUUUGGAAUUGGGGGCAUUGACUCGGUCCGACCAUGGGUGCUGCCGGCUCCAAACUCGAGAAAGCUCUCGGCGACCAGUUCCCCGAAGGCGAGCGGUAUUUCGGCCUUGAGAAUUUCGGCAAUACUUGCUAUUGUAACAGCGUUUUGCAGGCGCUUUAUUUUUGUGUUCCGUUCCGUGAACAGUUGUUAGAAUACUAUUCCAACAGUAAGAAUAUUGGGGAUGCAGAAGAAAAUCUCUUGACAUGCUUAGCCGAUUUGUUUACGCAGAUAAGUUCACAAAAGAAGAAGACAGGUGUAAUUGCCCCAAAGCGUUUCGUACAGAGAUUGAAGAAACAAAAUGAACUCUUUCGUAGCUACAUGCAUCAGGAUGCUCAUGAAUUCUUAAACUUUUUGCUAAAUGAACUUGUCGACAUACUGGAGAAGGAAGCACAAGCUGCAAAAAGUGAUCAAGAAACUUCUUCACCUCCUGAGAAGCUGGCAAAUGGUCCAAAGAAUGCUCAAGCUAAUGGUUCUCAUAAAGAUCCCUUAGUUACGUGGGUGCACAAAAAUUUUCAGGGAAUACUCACCAAUGAAACGAGGUGCUUACGGUGUGAGACAGUGACCGCAAGAGAUGAAACAUUUUUAGACUUGAGCCUUGAUAUUGAACAGAACAGUUCAAUAACAAGCUGUCUGAAAAACUUCAGUUCAACAGAGACAUUGAAUGCUGAGGACAAAUUUUUUUGCGACAAGUGCUGCAGUUUGCAAGAAGCACAGAAGAGGAUGAAGAUAAAGAAGCCACCUCACGUUCUGGUCAUACAUCUGAAGCGGUUCAAGUACAUUGAGCAGCUUGGCCGUUACAAAAAGUUAUCUUACCGGGUUGUAUUCCCGCUUGAGCUCAAGUUGAGCAACACGGUUGAAGAUGCAGAGGCUGAGUAUUCCCUGUUUGCAGUUGUUGUCCAUGUUGGGAGUGGUCCAAACCAUGGACACUAUGUUAGCCUUGUGAAAAGCCAUAAUCACUGGUUAUUUUUUGAUGACGAAAAUGUGGAGAUGAUUGAUGAGUCUGCUGUGCAAACUUUCUUUGGGUCAGCACAGGAGUAUUCGAGUAAUACAGAUCAUGGAUACAUCCUGUUCUACGAAAGCCUGGGCACCAGUAACAAGAGUUAAGAUUAAGAAGACGGCUUUGGAUUUAAGAUGGUUAGGUAUUUCUAAUCAUAUGGACUUUUGCUUUUCUUCUGUUUCUGAUGUUUACUAUUUUUCUCUUUUUCCCCUUUUUUUUCAACCUGUGGGAAGAGCUGUCAAAUAUCAAUGAGAUGUGAUAUGGGUUGUGAAAAAAUGUAUACUUAGGUGGUUCGCAUGUACAGUGGAUGAUGGAAGCACAACAUCCUUUUUGUUUCGAAUUCUCUUUUCUUCUUUUCCUAACAAUAAGAAAAAGGGUAGUGUAAAUGGUGAGAAUAUUCAGACAGUAUUUAUUCUUCACGGUUGAAAGAAUGUUGACAUUAGAAAUGCCAUGCAAUGGGAAUUUGCUCAUCACUCUUGUAUGGAACGUUGUGAUCUUUUUGAGGCCUUGGUUU